AUGGCAGCAUUUGGCAGGCUCCAAGCUGCGCUAGCUUCGGCGACAAAUGAGUUGACGAUCGCAGCAGCAAAUAUUAAUUUCGAUUUUACGCUGGUCAAAUGCGAAGCGCCGAAAGAGUUCGAGCCCCUCGGGAGUGCUCUUUCCCAAACACGGAAGGAAAAUGCAGAAGGCGGGACUGCGCAUAUAACGGCCCGUAGACUUGGUGUUCUGUUCGAGGGCAUACUUCCACCUACACCUGCCCUUGUCAAAUCAUACGGUACUCGGGUCUCCGAGAUAGCUCAAGCCGCCCGAAAGGAAGGCUCGCCGAAAUUAGAAGAGAGCCUUUUUUCUGCACAUGUUGGUGCAGAUGGCACCUCUAUAUGGGCUGCGGCAACAUCUUCUCCGACUGCAUUGCAUGUCCAGCUCCUCGCAUGUAUGCUGGCUCGUCUCUGGACCGCUUCCGAAGCUACAUCAAUAUGGGUCGAGCUUGUUAAGGAAAGGAGAAAGCAGAUUGAAGGUCGGUGGAACAAUGAAGAACCCCUUCCGUUUUCCACGGUUUCUGCUGCAGCUCAGUCAGACAUAUCUCGCUCCAGUCUCGCUGAAUGGGAUGCGAGUGUUCGCUCUUGGCUCCGGACAGCAGACCGGUUCAGCAAAAAGCGCCAAGAUAAGCUCAUGAACCUUCUUGAGCAAGUCAAUCUACCUAUCAAUCAUGACACGGUCUACUCGAGUGUCAUGGAAGCUUGGAAAUCAGCCGUGGAAACUAUAGAGAAAAUCGUCAAAGGAAUGCCCCAGGCAGUCAAUGAAGGGUCAUGUCUCAUCGCUUUGAGCUCCUGGCACUUGUAUCCUGAUAUUACUGUUGAGGGAUCAGAUGCACUGCCUCUCCAGUUCUCGGAUCCACUUGUCGAGUCUGGUGGGUUCCUGACUCUGGGGCUCGUUCGUACACGCGACGGUGAUGCUCAUGGAGUUUUCUGGUCAUUGUCGCUGGCCCAUUUGAACUUUUACGGGCGCCCAGUCGCCAGAAAAGCCAGGUUUGACUCCGACUCUCGUAAGAUUUCAUUUGACCAGUUCACACAUGCGGUGUACGGUGCUCUCUUAGCCCAUUGGAAUUUCUCUGGUACAUUGGCAGAGCAUCCCUCCCGUGUUUUUGUUGCAAUGAGAAAGGCGAUAGAGAGACAGGUCUCUCAUCUGCCCUUUACCGAGGUGAAGAUACGUUGCCAAAGAGAGUUACGAGAUCCUUCCUCCGCUAUAAAUAUCCUUUCGAAAUCAGCAACCUCUCACCUAGAUGCACAACCUUUCCCGGGCGAUAUUAUCCACAAACUAAUGACUUUAGGAGGUAGGCGUGCGUUCAGGUUCAUACCGAACACAGGAUUGAGACCAUUCCUUGGACUUGGUGAUGUCGGAGAGCUUCUAAGUAAGCUCAAAGGCCCAAUUGAAAGGGUGGCUUUCCUUCGUCGAAUCGUUUCCUCUAGUAAUUAUGAUCCUGAUGCAUACAUUAUUCGAUAUUUCGACAAGGAUCGCUCCUCGAUUAUCCCUGGUAUAGAGACCCGAUAUUGCGGGUUCGCCAGUGCACAACCCCGCCGCAACCCGGACGGCCUCACAUCAACACAUGGCCAAUGGGUCCCUCGAUCGUUUAUCGACAAAUAUCAAUACCCAGAAGAGGUAGUCACUGAAAUGACGCCUGCGAACUCCUUGGAGCUGGCUUCACCCUUGUUGGUCAUCACGAUGAGAGCCAUAGGCCCGGCCGGAGAGGAAGUUAUGCAGGACUUCCAUCUUGUGUGUGGCGACCAACAUAGUGCAGCCAUUUUCAAGCAACAAGCUCCAGCUGAAUAUACAACAAAUGACCCAGAGGUAAGGCCAUUAAGUAUAGGAGACGUCGAAUGGUGCUUAGAGUCCGAUUUGUUCGCUCCAGAAAAGCUACUUGACAUUCUUGAUGGAAGCCGGGUGGUACCUUCAAGCCUAACCUUGAAAGCACUAAGCAUGGCACAUAUGUUUUACCGAACUCUUCCAGAUGCGGGCAUCUCUCCUCGUUCUUUGGAUUCUCCUUUAUAUGAGGCAAAGUGGGUCAAAUCCCUCAUACAUUCAAAGCCUGACAAAGAUCCACAAAUCGAGAUGAACAGAAUUCGAUCAUUUGGAUCUAAUCUCAGCAAUUCGCUUUCAUGUGUGGCAUAUUUAGAAGGUGGCUUUGACUUGGAGCCGAUGAAUUUAGAGCGGCUCACUUGCGAUCCUUGGGACUCUCCAGAAGCUUAUGAACUCAAGAGAUUCACGGGCAACGUCGGAAGAUCGGGCGUCACGCUUCUCGUCCCACCCAAAACGUCAAUGGUCAUGGAGCGAGAGGAAACAUCUUGGCGAGUUAUUUCAUCUUCAGCGUUUGAUGGGACGUCACAGAAUUAUUUUCCCAAAACUUCGAUGCACCUCUCCUUUACGGAGUAUUAUGUUCCACUCGUUCAAUCUAGCGAUGUUCAGGAGCAAAGCAGCCAGGUUUUCUUGCUGGAAUCCGUUGUCUCUGUGUAUGAUUCGGGACGUUGGAUUGGGGACGUCGACGUGUUGAAAUGUCUCGCCAGCCCCUUUCUCAUCUACACCGUCGACAAUGGCUGUAAUGGACAGCAUGCAAAUCGCCACUUUAGAGGAGUGUCAUCUCUAGAAACAUGGGAUGAUGUUCUGGAUCCCCCUCCUGGCGAAUGUGUGAUUAGAGCCCAGGGCUGUUGGCUAGCGCGGUUAGCAAUUGUGACUAUUUUUAUUGAGGCUCGAGGAGAAUCAAAUGGCGAACGUAUCGCUAUUCUCUCGAAUGACACUUGCUGGAAAUGUUAUGGGCCUUCGACAAUGUUUUCGCAAGGACAACCGAGUGUUGAAGGAAACCAUCUACAAACACUACGCAUACCUAGUGUUGGUCGAGUCAUUGUAUUUUGA